AUGAGUCAAAUAUUUUAAGAAACCUUUAUUAUUACUUUUUAUGAUUUAGAUUUACCUUAACAUUAGUCAGUUAAAUCAUACAAAAUUAAUAAGAAUACAACACUUUAAGAUUGUAAGACAUGGAUUUAAAGCAAACUUGAUGACAAUUAUGAAGUUUAUUUUUUUCUUGAAAAUAAUAAACAUUAUACUGGAAACUUAAAUGAAAAUGUAUUCAAUAUUUUAAAAAAAAUGAGUAAAAGAUAGAUUCCUUUUAAAAAAGUAUUGUCAUAUACCAGAAAUUCUAAUUAUAGUCAAAAUUCCCAAAAUAUAGAGUAAAACAAACAAAAUUAUGAAAGCCAGAAAAUUAAUUAAUAGAAUAAUGUAGCUGAAUUAAAUAUUUCAAACAAUUUUUCAUCAAAAUAAAAUUAAAGUUACUAUCAGGAAAAAAAAAUUAACUUCAUAUCUGAAUAGUAAAUGAACUAGUAUCCUAAAUCUACAUGGAAUGGUAUACACAAACAUAAUUAUGUAAAUACAAACAACAAGAUUGAUAAUUAAUAGUAGGUUUAAACUUUUCCUUAAUAAUCUAUAAAUAUGAUUAAUAUAAAUAGCUAAUAAAAAUAAGAAAUCUAAAAUAAAAUGUAUUAUAAUAUUUAUUUAUAAUAAUAGGUAAUUCUAGCCCUAAACUUAAUAGAAUGAUCUUUAAUAAUAAAUUAAUGAGAAUAUAAGAAUAAAACAAGAAAAGGAAUAAUUAGAGUCACAAAAUUCUCAAAUGAUUAAAGAAAUUUAAGAUUUAAAGUAUAAAUUAGUUCUAAUUAUAGAAAAGAAUUAUAAAUUUAUGAAAAAUAAAUACGAGAUUUAUAGAUUAACAUAUAAGAUUUAACAAAAGAACAUAAGUAAUUUAAACAUAUUAAAUUAGUAAUGAAAAAAUGAAAAUGAAUUAAUUAAUAUAAUAAUUGUAAUUAGAGAAUUUGAAUAAGACUGACCAAUUGAACUAAAUAAGCAUGUAAUUUUGAUAAAUAAUUUAGGUAUUCUAAUUAAACUAAUUAAACUAAUAAAAUUAAUGAUGAAAAUUAAAAAUUAAAGAAUGAAAAUUAAAAUUUAUUAAAAUAAAUUUAAGACAUUAAGUUUCAAUCUUAAUAAUAAAUCGAAUCAUUAAAUAGAGAUUUAUAAUAAUAUAAAAAUUAAUUUUAAAUGAAAUAUUAAAAUUAAGAUCAAUAAUACUAAGUAGUUGGAAAUUUAUAAUAAUAAUAAAAUUCCAGAAUAUAAUCUUAAUUAAUAUAAUAAUCCUAAUACUCUACUUAAUGUAUAUAAAAUAAUUAAAUUAAAGUUUAAAAAUAAGACAAUUAUAAAAAUAAGUGUGGUCAUUACUUUAGUUAUUCUCAAAUUGAAGACUUAGUACAAUAGGCAUUGAUGAAAAAACAAUUAGCAAAGUGCAACUAAUGUUUAAUGCCACUUUAAUCAAAAUUAUGUUUAUUAAUUUAAUCUUACGGAGAAACUUACUUACAAACAAAAAAUUAAUCAGAAUUUUAAUUAUUUUUAUCUGAUUUAGAAAGAAAAUUAAAUAUAAGAGGAAAACUGGUAAAAUGUUCAACAUUAAAUUGUGAUUUCUAUUGUGUUUGGUAAUAAAGAUUAGAUGGAAAGUAUUAUUAGUAAUAGCCAGCAUUCUGCCCCAAUUGUUUAACAUAUUGUGUUUUAAAUAAUUAACAAUAGGCACCACUUUCUUAAACUUAAUAUAGUGAGCCCAAAAAGUUCAAUUAUCCAAGACGAUUUUGA